UUGCUCCUCUGGACGGAAGCCUAUUCAUGGGGGAAGAGUGCGGCUAGGGUUUUUUCUUUUGUUUUUUUUUUGUUUGCCUACAAAACUCGUACCUUUCUUCUGCUACCCGGUGAGGAAUCCGUCUCUUUCCUUGUGUUUCUAGUGAUUUUAAUGGAGAGUGCUUCGCGUCGGCGGAUUUGCUAGUCCCGGAGUGCCUCUGGUGCCACUCUGAGAGCGGCGAUUUGGAUAACAUUUUACGGAGAUGGCGACCGCGAAUCCGUUUGAUAUACUUGGGGAUAACGACAACGAUGACCCUUCGCAGCUGGUGGUCGUCGUCCAGCAGCAAAAGGUAGUUGCUAAGAAACCCGCUGCGCCGGCCGCUACUGCGCCGGCAGCGGCGAAGCUUCCGACGAAACCGGCCCCUCCUGCUCAAGCCGUGAGGGAGGCGAGGGAGGCGAGAAGCAACACCGCACCAGCACGUGGCGGAGCUGGUCGUGGCGGACCUGGCCGUGGGCGAGGCGGUGGGCGAGGUCCAAGUCGUGAAUUUGGAAAUGAGAACCUGAAUGGAUUAUCCAGGAGCUAUGGUGGUGGUGGCGGUGGCGUCGGAGAGGAUCGUGAUGCUGACAAGCCUGACAGGGAACGUCCUCCACGUCAGCCUUUCAGUGGUGGCCGUCGUGGUGGCUAUGCUGGCCGAGGUGGCUAUGGGAAUGAUGAAUCCGGAGGGGACUCUGAACGCCCUCCGCGGAGGGUGUAUGAGCGUCGGAGUGGAACCGGGCGUAGUUUUGAGGUCAAACGUCAAGGCGCAGGGCGUGGUAACUGGGGAACUGUAGCUGAUGAAACACUUGAACAGGAAAAGGAUGAUGCCCUUAAAUCUGAGGAUAAGUUGCCAACUGAGGGGCGUCCAGAACAGGAAAAUGCACCAUUAACAGAGGAGAGUAAGGACAAGGAGGCUGCUGUUAAUGAGACUGAAGAAAAGGAAGAGGACAAGGAGAUGACUUUGGAAGAAUAUGAGAAAAUCAAAGAGGAGAAAAGAAAAGCUUUGCUUGCAUUAAAAGCCGAGGAGAGAAAGGUUGAAAUUGACAAGGACUUGCAGUCCAUGCAGCUACUAUCAACGAAAAAAGAAGUCGAUCCUAUUUUUGUUAAAUUGGGCUCGGACAAGGAUGCUGGGAAAAAGAAAGAAAACACUGAUCGUGAUGAACGGAGCAAAAAACCUUUGAACAUGAACGAGUUCUUCAAGACCGGCGAAGGUAAACAGUACUACAGUCCGGGUGGCCGUGGGCGUGGCAGGGGAAGAGGCGACCGUGCACCAUCGAGAGGCAGCUACAGUGGCGGAGGCUCAAGCUUCCCAGCUGCUGCGCCAUCAAUUGAAGAUCCUGGCCAGUUUCCCACACUCGGUGGGAAGUAGAGCAUUAUUAUUAAGUUUUAGAUUGAGUUUUUAUCAGCCUGCGAAAAUUUUAGAGAUUUUUAGUUCUUAAGUUAAGACUUGCCGCGUCUCCUGAGAAAUCAAUGUGUGUCGGUUCGGUUCUUCGGUUCGCUUAAACUUUCUAUACUGAAGCUGUCUCAUUAACAGUAAUUUCUUAAAUAUGUUUGCUACUUGCAUUUAAACA